AACUGGUUCGGUGGUGAAAGCUAUGAUACCAACAAUAACUGCGUUAAUAAUCUCAAGGAUGAUGAUCCGAGUGCUGGGCUUAGUGAAACGAAGAGAGAAUUGUCUCAAAGGGAUGAGACCGAUGAACCAAAGAACGAGGACAUAAUCGAAUUGGAUGCUGCUGAUUUGCUGGCCAAGUACACACAUUACUGUCAAAUUUGUGGGAAAGGGUUUAAACGAGAUGCGAAUUUGAGGAUGCAUAUGAGAGCUCAUGGGGAUGAGUACAAGACAAGUGCCGCCUUGAGCAACCCGAUGAAGAAUAGAGACAAAGAAUGUUCGAUGAGCACGUUCAGGCCUAAGAAAUACUCAUGUCCGCAGGAAGGAUGUAGGUGGAAUCAGAAGCAUGCCAAGUUUCAACCGUUGAAGUCAAUGAUAUGUGUGAAGAAUCAUUACAAGAGAAGUCAUUGUCCGAAGAUGUACGUGUGCAAAAGGUGCAAUUUGAAGCAUUUCUCAGUGCUGUCUGAUCUGAGAACACAUGAGAAGCACUGUGGGGAUCUCAAGUGGCAGUGUUCGUGUGGUACAACGUUUUCAAGGAAAGACAAGCUCAUGGGCCAUGUUGCUUUGUUCGCCGGGCAUGCUCCAGCUGUCAGUGGCUUGUCCUAUUCUGGAAAAUUGGUCGAGCAGCAGGCAUUGCAAAUGCAGGAAGAUGGCGGUAGUGCAAGAUCAUAUGUUUGAUAUAUACUAGUGUGUUGGAUUUUGGAUAAAUAAAAACUGCAUAUUACACAGUUAACCACGUGCAGUUCUAUAUAUGAAAGCUCAAAAUU